AUGAGCAAGAAAGAGAGGACACGCCUUGCAGCUCGAAGUAGACGUUUGGAAGAAAAUGAUUUAAUGAAGAAGCUAGCUCAGCUAUUACCAAUUAUAUCAGAUGUCGCUCGGCAACUCGAUAAAGCCGCCGUUAUUCGUUUAGCUAUAAGUGUUUUGAAACUACGUCAACGAACCUUAAAUCACAACGGCCCUUCCGUUGUUGAAGCUAAUUUAGUCCAACAUAUGCAUAACAGACAGAGGAAAUAUUUGCACAUCCAAAGAUACUUCAAAAGCAAUAUUGGGUGGUAUCUUCUUCAAGCAUUAGAUGGAUUUCUAUUAUUGAUUUCUAAUGAUUGCCAGCUAUUAUACGUUUCAGAAAGAAUUUCUGUGCAUUUAGGUUUGUCACAAGUUGACUUAAUUGGAUCAAGUUUAUUGGACAUUAUUCAUUCUGAUGACAAGGAAAAAUUAUAUAAUUUUCUAAGUAUUGACCUGUAUUCGAAUGAACCUGGCAAAGGUAAUGCUAUUAAUGAACUUAGCGGUAAAAGUCGAUCUAUUUUAAUUCGCAUGAAAUGCAAGCUAGUUAAGCGCUUUGCGCUUGAUCGUGGCGAUAAAAGAGCUAUGAAUCAGCAAAAUAAAAAUUAUAAGAUAAUUCGUUUUACCACUCACCAUCGUCAAUUGUCAUGCUUCCGUUACCAACUUCCUAAAGAUUUUGGUUCAAUAUAUGAAUCAGCGAUCGUUGCUGAACCUAUUGCAUCAUUACAAACUUUAGAGAAUCAAAAUAGUAGCCGAACCUUUCUCUGUUAUCUUACUUGCAAUUUAGAAAUAUUAUGCUGCACGGAAGGUUUGCAGUAUUGUACUGGUUUUCGUGAAGAAGAAGUCCAGGGUAAAUCUUUGUAUCAGUUUUGCCAUACGCGCGAUCUUGAUCAUAUCAAAGCAAUCCAUACAUCACUUUUACAUCCAGAACAGAUCGUCGAUUACUAUAGUUAUAAAUGGUUAAGAAAAGACGGCGGCUGGGUGAGUCAAAAUAGUGAUACAUGCCCGUAA